CACAGGGUCGAGAUGGUCACCAGAAGGAUUCGGUGCUACACCAUGCCCAAGAUUGCUAGAAGGGCCUAUGCACUCCAGCCCAGCGCUUCUUAAUUUCGGUCUCCCCUCCCUGUAUAUUGAACAAACUGACGCUAGAGAAAUUUGAUCUACUCAAGGGGCAACUGCUGGAUACUCGACUUACUACUGCUGAUAUCUUGAAGGAUGUUACGUCUCUCAUUUUUACGAAGGCUGUUUCUGAGCCCACCUUCUGUUCCAUGUAUGCUCAACUUUGUUAUGAAGUCCAUGACUACCUCCCAUCAUUCCCUGCUGAAGAACCAGGAGGAAGAAAUAUUAUAUUCAGAAGUCUGCUGUUGAACAAUUGUCAGGAAGUUUUUGAAGAUCCUGAUAGCCUAAGGGUUGAGAUUGCAAGACUGACUGGCCCUGACCAAGUGAUGGAAAGAGGGAAUGAGGACAUGAUUUAGAAACUUAUAACACUUGGAAAUAUUCGUCUAAUUGGUGAGCUAAUGAAGGCAAGGAUGGUUCCUGAGAAGAUAGUUCAUCACAUUAUCAAGGAAUUACUGGGGUCUGAUAAAAAGGCUUGCCCUGACGAGGAACACAUCGAAGCCCUCUGUCAGUUCUUCAAUACGGUUGGUAAACAUAUUGAUGAGAACCCAGGGUCUUGCCGAAUGAAUUAUACCUACUUCAACCAGAUUAAGGAUCGAGUAGCAAACCCUGAGUUGACUUCACGCUCAAAGUUUAUGCUUCUGGAUUUGAUUGCUCUCCGUUCUAACAACUGGGCGCCCCGGCGUGGGGAGGUAGGGGAUGUUCCUUGUGACAUUUGGCAUUGGCAAGAUGCGUACACGAACUAUUUGUCAAACCUCGGCUACAUAAGAGCAGAGAUGGAGGAAGUUGGAGUCAGAGAUGAAGAGGAUUGCACUCUAGGCACAGCAGAAGCAAACCUGUAAGCUAAGCGAUGAAGACAUGAAAAAUCACAAGGAUGACUAUGUUGCUCACUGCUUUGUUUACAAGAUAAUAAGGAUUGCAAGAAUGAGAUACUUAAGGUGUUGAAGCUGACAGAGGCAAUUCUGUUUGCAAUUCUUUGUGUAUGUGUUGUAGGUGUGAUGAAGAAGUGAACACUGAAUCGUUUUAAAUAAUGUACUGUGAUCGUAUUUUAGACCUUGGACCGGUGACGCUUGGAAAGACGAAUUC